AUAAUUAUAUAUACUGUGGCUAAAAAGUAAAAACGAAGAUUGUUCUGGAUUUACCAAAUCAGUUUAAAUUAAUUUUAUUUAGGAACAAUGUCGUAGAAAAUUUAUAGUUUAGAAAGUCUGCUCAGGGGUGAUCUUACUUGUUUUUCGCGUUGCCUUGAAUAUUUACCAGGUUAGACUAAGGAGAGUUUAAAUAAAAAGAGUACCUUUUAACAAAAUUAAUAAAUCAUCGAAACCUAGUUUUUCUAGAAUAUACAUGCGUGAAUAAAAUCCCAAGAUUAUCACUUCAUACUAUACUUAUAAAAUCAUGUAAAUUGCUUAGUACGCUAUUGUAUUGAAAAACGUUUACCCGGGGAAAUAAAAAAAUAUACAUACAGGUAACAUGCGUGCUAUUCAACUUUCAGCCAGAGCAUAAUGCUAAAAACUAAAUGAAAACAAUUUUCUCGUAUUCGUAAACUGGUACAUUGUUGUAACUUGUUCAACUCAUUACUUAUGGGUAUCUAAAUCUUAAUUUGACAAAUAAGCAUAUUAGCUACUUAUUUAUUGAAUAAAUAGAAAUCUGGAAGAAAAUGUUUUGUUGGGGUAAUGCAACUCAUCAUGAACUCAUCAUUGAGGAUUCUGACAGCAUGGGCAUGGUCAUUAAGCCAACACUUUCUAAAUGGAAAGAGAGUAAACAUAUAAAAAGUGUAGCAGCUGGGGACUUCCAUACUCUUUACUUAACAAAACUGGGGCAUCUAUAUUCUUGUGGCAGUAACGAGCUAGGACAACUUGGUAGGCAUAUUGAACACAACAAAGACAAACCACCAGACAUCGAAAUAAUUUUAAAAUCAAGUACAAUAUCAGCCAUAGCUUGUGGUUCACAACAUUCAAUGGCAUUGGAUGAAUGGGGUCAAGUGUUUAGUUGGGGCUCCGAUAAUAUGGGGCAGCUCGGUAGCAACCCUGGGACUUAUACUCAAGAUCAACCUAAGAUAAUUAAGUUCCUUGCAACAAAAAAUGUUAUCCAAAUUGCUUGUGGAUUUUAUCAUUCGAUUGCUUUAACAAAUAAUGGUGAACUCUAUGCCUGGGGAGCAAACACAUAUGGCCAGUGUGGCUUAGGCACCAAAUCAAACAAGGAAACCACACCACAACAAAUUAGUUCACUACUUGGCAUACCUAUAGCGAUGAUUGCUUGUGGUGGUAACCACACUUUUGCCUUAUCACACUCAGGUGCUGUAUUUGGGUGGGGCAAGAACAUGUAUGGGCAGUUAGGAUUGCAGGAUAGAGAAAACAGAUGUUAUCCAACACAUUUGAAAACUUUAAGAAAUGUCAAGGUUUGUCACAUAUCAUGUGGUGAAGAAUUUACUACAUUUCUUACUCUCGAUGGAGGUGUGUUUUCAUGUGGAACUGGAGAAUAUGGACAGACAGGCCAUGGAACCACAAAAGAUGAACUAGUGCCAAAAAAGGUGAUGGAGCUGAUGGGCAGCACGGUGACGCAGGUGGCGUGCGGGCGGCGCCACGUGCUGUGCCGCGUGGGCGAGCGCGUGCUGGCGUGCGGGCACGGCGCGCGCGGCCAGCUGGGCUGUCCGCACGCGCCCGUCGCGCUCGUGCCCACGCCCGUGCCCUUCGCACCGCGCGACGGCGAGCCGCCAAGGAAGAAAUCCAAGGUGGAGAGUUUCACGCCAUUCCGUAAACACCCUGGUGCCGGCCCAUCCAAACCUAAUUUCUCAAAGGAUGGAUUUAAUGGCCCCGUAAAAGUGUUCGCGGGCGGAGACCACAGCUUCUUGACGGUUAGCAGCGACAAGAACGAGACGGUCGAUUUUAGGAUCCCCGAUCCUACGAGGCAGAUAUUGACCCUUAACUUUGCUAAACUCACAGCUUGUAACACCGUUAAAGACAACGACGUCGUGAGUCAGGAUUUAAUGGCUUAUUUGGAGACGGUGUUUGGAUCGCUGGCUUGUAUGAAUGCUUCAUUUCUAAUGGAUGAUAACGCCCAUUUUGGUUGCAAUACGAAGGUCCCGGGAGUCAAUUUGAAGAAAGCAGAAGAAGCUUUUACUUUAAUUAGUCGAUUUGAAAACAAAACAAUACAGGAACUUAUAUUCAGUUACUUGACCGAAUAUAUCAUAAAAAAAGUAAAGGUCUCUCCACCUGAUGCUGAAGCAUUAAGAGUUUUCUUGAUUCUACCGCUGUAUCACGAAAUGAGAAAUCCACGUCGUCAUCCGGAAUUACAGGGUCCCUUCGCGGAGGCCUACAACAAGCUGUCGGCGCCGCCGCAGCGCAUCGUGCAGUUGUGGUGGGAGGCGCAGUCGGCAGAGUACUUCGAGAUGCUCGUCGAUAUAUUCAAAAGCGUGUUCGUGUACGAGAUGAUGCAACCCAGCGUACGAGCGAAUAAAAAAAUGAACUUCUCUAGAAGUGUAGUCCAAAUUUUAAAUACAUUGACAACACUUAAUAAAAUAAACUUUACAAAUCCGAAGAAUCCCAAAAUAGCUGCAGAAUGUUUUUACAUAGAAGAUCUAUCAAGCCAUGUCGAUAUUGCUUGGGAUUAUAUAAGUUGGCUUACAGAUCAAGACUCAGUUCAGCCUCAUCUAUGUAACUACGCGUUCUUAUUCGACGUUCCAUGUAAGUCGCUGCUGUUGAAGAUAGAUCAACAGCUUCAAAUGCAAAUGGCUGUCAACCGAGCCGCUACACAAAUGUUCACACGGCUCAUCAUGGACCCCUCGUAUGAAUAUCACAGAGACCAGUUCCUUAUACUGACCGUGUCGAGGAACCACAUAGUGAGAGACACAAUGCUGCAGAUUAGUAAUCAUGACACGUCGCAAUUGAAAAAGCCGCUAAGAGUAGAAUUUGUUGGUGAAGAAGCAGAAGACGCGGGCGGCGUGAAGAAAGAGUUUUUCAUGUUGCUCCUGAAGGAAAUUUUCGAUCCUGUCUACGGCAUGUUCAAGCAAUCGGAGGAGACGAACAUGAUUUGGUUUUCGAAUAACCCUUUCGAAGAAGAAGUCAUGUACUAUUUGAUAGGUGCGAUAUACGGCCUUGCUAUAUACAACUCGAUCAUUAUCUACGUGCCGUUCCCUCUGGUGCUGUACAAGAAGAUACUGGGCGAGUCAGUGAUGCUGGACGACCUGUCCGACUUGUAUCCCACGUUGGCCCACAGUCUGAAGCACUUGUUGGACUAUGAAGAGGACGAUGUCGAGGAAGUAUUCAGCUUAUGUUUCGCCGUCAACACAGAGGUGUUCGAGCAAAUUCAAGUACAUCCUUUAAAGGAGAACGGUGAAAAUUUGCCCGUAACGCAUGAAAACAAGUCGGAAUAUGUCGAUCUGUAUGUCGAUUUCCUUCUCAACAAAUCAGUGGAAAAACAAUUUAAAGCAUUCAAUCAAGGAUUUCAAAAGGUAUGCGGUGGUCGAAUAAUCAAAUUAUUUAGAUCGCAUGAGCUCAUGUCGGUUGUAAUAGGUAAUGAAGAGUACAACUGGGAAUUAUUUGAAAGCAAUUGUGAAUACGAAAAUGGGUAUUCGGCGACCGACCAACAAGUCAGGUGGUUCUGGGAAGUAUUUCACGAACUGUCAAUUGAGGACAAGAAAAAGUUCCUACUGUUCCUUACGGGUAGUGACCGCGUUCCUAUACAAGGAAUGAGAGACAUAAAGAUAAAAAUACAACCAGUCGCUGAUGAUAGAUUCUUCCCCGUAGCUCACACGUGUUUUAAUCUUCUAGAUCUUCCUCGUUAUAAGACUAAAGAGAGAUUGAAGUAUCAUCUCGUGCAAGCUAUUCAACAGACGCAGGGUUUCUCGCUUGUUUAAAUAAUUGUAUUUAUCAUGUUUUUAAACCGACUAUGUUUUUUUCCCACAUCAUCGCGUUUAGUUAAAUUCUUGUUUUUAAUACUUGACUUAACAUAUUAUUUAAUUACUUCGUGGCUAAUUUAACUUGUCAUGACAGUGCUCAUGAAACUAGACUGAUAUUUUACUGUAAUUAAGAUGUCAACAUCCUUAUAUGCUAUGAUUUAACUUAUAACUAUUUCGAUUGUUACUUUAUAAAAUCUAAUGUUUUGAUGUUAUAUGACAAAUGUCUUUGACAUGAUGAUGAUGAUGAUGAUGAUUUGUGUUUAAUUUAAAUUAUUGCGUAAUUUAGCUAAAAACUCGUUAAUUAAUAAAUUGUUGAUGGCGAAAUAAGGUAAUGUCAUCACUAAUAUGCAUAAAUUAUUAUAGCGAGGUAUUGAAUUUAAAAUGUUAUCGUCACAAAAUGACGAAAGUUAAUAAAGCAAUCAAAAAUGUAGACACGGAUAAAGUGUGUCGAAUGAAACAUUGCAUUUUAUCUUACCGUUAAAACGUUUGCUUAUAAAUACGCCUGCUUCUUUAAUAAAUACAGUUGGAACUGAUGCUAUAAAUAUAACAAUGAGCGAAAAACUAUUGCAAACCUUUCAUAAAAAUUGACUAUCUAUUACAAAUGAAAUAUAUAUUUUGUAAGUUAUUUGGUAUUUAAAUAAAUCAGCUUGUAAAUUUAAACAUGAAAAUCUGCUACAUGUGUUUUCACCAACACACAUUGGAGCAAUCCGGUGGAAGAAGCUCCAUAUGUCCUCAAAAAGAGAAAAGGUGGAGACCCUAAUGAAAAGUUCUUGGCUGUGGGACAUUUUCAGGAUGUUGAUUUUCUUAAUGAAAAUUCCGCUGGUUAAGCUUCACAUGUUCUAUCUACUAGACCAUCUAUUCUCUUUAAUUUUAUUAAUUAUUUCUAAUUGCCGGUUAUCAGAUAUUUCAUAGUUAUAGAUAUAGAUUGUUUGAUAGUUAUAUAUACCAUGAGUAUUGGAGACACUUAAAUAAAAGGUUAAUGAGGAUGAAUUUUUUUCGGACUUCCUCCUUAUAAUAACAUUGAAUAUCUCCUACAUAUGUACUGUGAAUUAUUCUGAAUCAAAAUAUAGAAAAUAAAAGAAAUCACCUUAAAGCAUUUGAAACAACCGUAACUGAAAUUUAAAUUUCUCUUCUUUCGAUUCCUAGAAAUUUGUAAAUUGAGAUACGAAAAAUCUAAUAAACAUAAUCUUAAUCGAAAAGUCUUAAUUGUCCCUUAUAGGUGGUAGUUCUUCAAUCAAAAUCCUGGAAUGAUAUAAAUUGGCUUAGUCCAAUUCGGUUAACUGCAAGUUCAAAGGUAUAAGUGUUACCAUAUUAAAAAAUGAAUGUGUUUUUAAAGCGAAUUCUUAAUAAAGUAUAAUAAAUUAAUUCAAUAUUGUUAUUAAAUUUUUAUUGUUUAGAAUAGUGGUUUAAAGAUAUUUGUUUUAUUUUUUAUUCCUGGUUUUUAUUCUGGGUAGGUACCACCCACUCAUCAGAUAUUCUACCGCAAAACAGCAGUACUUGGUAAUGUUGUCAUCCGGUUUGAAGGGUGAGUGAGCCAGUGUAGUUACAGGCACAAGGGAAAUAACAUCUUAGUUCCCAAGGCUGGUGGCGCAUUGGUGAUGUAAGCGAUGGUUAACAUUUCUUACAAUGCCAAUGUCUCCCUAGACAUUGGCAUUGUAAGAAACUCGCUUACACGCCCCUGCGUUGGUGACCACUUAUCAUCAGGUGGCCCAUAUGCUCGUCCGCCUUCCUAUUCUAUAAAAAAAAAUCCAUAAUAAUUUUUAAUAUUGAAUAGCUGGUAGAGGAAUUAUAAUUUUAUAAAACUAAGUUGAUCGAAUUUUCUGCUUAGUAGUAAAAGAACUGAAUAAUAAUUAUAUAAAAAUAUAUUCUUGGUGUAUUUAAAAAUGAAACUUAAUAUUUGUCUAUUUACAUGAUUUUUAUCUAUGCUCAUUACGAUUAUAUUAAAAUCUAUAUUCCAUUAAAGCUAAAUGUAAUUAACG